UGGGUAUGGAUAUAUUUUACUAAAACUUUUUGAGGUCACCAUAACUUUUAAUUUUGUAUGCGUUAAUAGCCAAAAACACUAACAAAUGAUUUGGUCUAGGAACUCAAUUUAAGAAUAGCUGUAUAAUUAAAGAACUGAAUCGAUGGUACUCCUAAAAUUAAAAAGCAGCGCCCAUCCCCCUCUUUCUCUUCCCCACUCCCCCUCUUUCUCUCUCUCUGAAUUUGUCUAAAUUUAACUAUGAUGAAAAUCGAACCGUCGGAGGAGGAGGAGGUUUAGGUUUAGGUUUAGGGUUUCGGUAAUUAUUAUUAUUAUUAUUAGUGAUAGAAUUUGAGUAUGGAGCCGCGUGUCGGCAAUAAGUUUCGUCUUGGUCGCAAGAUCGGUAGCGGAUCCUUUGGAGAGAUCUAUCUAGGUACAAAUAUUCAAACCAACGAGGAGGUUGCCAUUAAGCUUGAAAAUGUGAAGACAAGGCAUCCUCAAUUGCUGUAUGAAUCCAAGCUGUACAAGAUGCUGCAGGGAGGAACGGGGAUUCCGAAUGUUAAAUGGUUUGGUGUUGAAGGGGACUAUAAUGUACUUGUGAUGGAUUUACUGGGACCUAGUCUUGAGGAUUUGUUCAACUUCUGCAAUAGGAAGCUGUCUUUGAAGACUGUGCUCAUGCUUGCUGAUCACAUGAUUAAUCGAGUUGAGUUUGUUCAUUCCAAAUCCUUUCUUCAUCGAGACAUCAAGCCAGACAACUUCCUCAUGGGAUUAGGGAGGCGUGCAAAUCAGGUCUAUGCCAUUGACUUUGGGCUGGCAAAGAAGUAUAGAGACACUUCAACACAUCAACACAUUCCUUACAGAGAGAAUAAAAAUUUGACUGGAACUGCAAGAUAUGCUAGCAUGAACACUCACCUUGGCAUUGAGCAAAGCCGUAGGGAUGAUUUAGAAUCACUUGGAUAUGUUCUUAUGUAUUUCUUGAGGGGAAGUCUUCCAUGGCAGGGACUGAAAGCUGGUACAAAGAAGCAAAAAUAUGAAAAAAUUAGUGAAAAGAAGGUGUCAACUUCUAUUGAGGUGUUAUGUCGGGGUUAUCCUACAGAAUUUGCAUCCUACUUCCAUUACUGUCGGUCGCUCCGUUUUGAUGAUAAACCAGAUUAUGCAUACCUGAAACGACUCUUCCGUGAUCUCUUUAUUCGUGAAGGUUUCCAGUUUGACUAUGUUUUUGAUUGGACAAUUUUGAAAUAUCAGCAAUCACAGAGUGCUAAUCCUCCAACCCGUGCACUUGGUCCUGGUGCUGGACCAAGCUCUGGCAUUCCUCCUGGUGCUAAUAAUUUUGAUAGGCAGUCAGGUGGGGAAGAAGGUAGACCUGGUUGGUCUUCAACUGAUCAUGCUCGAAGAAGAAACUCUGGACCUAUAGUGAAUUCUGGAAAUCUAUCAAAACAAAAAAGCCCUGUUACAAAUGAUCUAUCCUUAUCAAAAGAUGCCACUUUGUCCAGCUCAAGAUUUUUGCGAUCUAGCGUGUCAUCGAGGCAACCUGUUAUCUCAAGUAGUCGUGGUGCAGCCCUUGUGAAUGAUUCCGAUCCUUCUCAUCCCCGCGCAACCGAUGCAAACUUUGCAAUGCUUCAGAAUGGGCAAAGAAUUUCACCUGCUUUAUUAUCUUCAGAGCAGAAGCCCUCGUUCUCUGGUAGAAAUACCAACAUAAAGACUUUGGAGUCGACUCGAAGGGGCAUUGAGAGCUUGCAUGUCAAAUACUGAUGGAAGGUUACGUUAUUAGCUGAUGUCAAUCACAAAUGCUCGCUGCUGUAAAUUUAUAAUCAGAUACUGUAAUUGCAUAUUGAGUGAUGUGUUGUCUUGCUAACCUGUGCAAUGCAGGGCGUGGGGACUGUUCUAUUUUUAUUUUUUGAAGGAAAAAAAAAGAAAAACAAUAUCCAAUGUGGAAGAUAGCAGGAGUUUGUGGAUGUAAAAUAUAUUAUCCCUAAUCGUUUGUAAUUGAUGUGUUCAUAAAAUUAGAUUACUUCCAAAUAA